GAACGAUGUCCAUUUUGUGAAAGCCGGUCAGCCGACUAAACCUUCGUCCCCGUGUCAAGGAAGAUUAAAAGAAAAACAGAUUUUCGGCAGACCUCGUCGAUCGCUAGCCAGUUAUCAUCCGAAAGCAAAGUCAAUCUUAUCGUAUGUCCGCUAUCCAGAACCUCCAAACUUUCGACCCAUUUGCUGAUGCAACUAAGGGUAAUGACAGACUCCCAUCUGGGACUGACGACUACAUCCACAUAAGAAUCCAGCAGCGUAACGGCAGGAAGACUCUGACCACGGUCCAGGGCAUAGCCAUCGACUAUGAUAAGAAGAAGCUAGUCAAGGCCUUUAAGAAGAAAUUUGCCUGCAAUGGGACAGUGAUUGAGCACCCAGAGUAUGGGGAAGUGAUUCAGCUGCAAGGUGACCAGCGCAAGAAUAUCUGCACGUUUCUGAUUGAGAUUGGCCUGGCGAAAGAGGAGCAGCUCAAGGUCCACGGAUUCUAGAAGCUCUCAGCAGCCUCAUCUCCCCUUGUCCUGAUACACUACAUUGCCAAAAUUAUGUGGACACUCCUUCAAAUUAGUGGAUUCGGCUAUUUCGGCCACACCCAUUGCUGACCGGUGUAUAAAAUAGAGUAUACGCCAUCCAAUCUCCAUAGACAAACAUUGGCAGUAGAAUGGUCCGUACUGAAGAGCUCAGUGACUUUCAACGUGGCACCGUCAUAGGAUGCCACCUUUCCAACAAGUCAGUUCGUCAAAUUUCUGCCUUG